AUGGCCGAGCUUCCAAAUCUUGGACGUCAUUGUGGCGCAAAGCUUUGCAAUCAACUAGAUUUUCGUCCUAUUCGAUGUGAUGCAUGUUCGGCGAAGAUUUUGCUUGUUUUCAUCACGUGUCCUUGCCAUCAGAAUUACUGCCUGGUCAUCGCCAUGAGAAAGAUCACAAUUGUGGACAAGCCAGAGGCAGUCCUGCUCUUUCAAAGGCUGCGAAAGCAUACGUUCAGGAAAGGACGAGGCCAUAAGCUGAAUCUAUGGAUGAAGUCUCCAUAA